ACGAUGUUUAAAGCAGUUUGUUAUUGACUUAACACUUUACAUUCACCCCAUAUGUUACGACCGAUUGUUUUUCGAAAUUUAAAGGAAAUAAAUUAACUUCGACGCAAUGAAAGUGUUCGUUUGCUUGCUGUUGGCUGCAACGCUGAGCCAAGCGAAAGUGCAUAAACGCGCUGCUGGUGAUCAGAAUCCCAAAGUGUUCUCCGCCUUGGAUGUCCUGAGUAACGGCAAGACGAAGCUGGAUGCCGGUCAGCGUGCCGAACUGUGGAAGAACGCGCAAGCUGGUCAGGAUUAUCCCACGCUCACCGCCAUCCCGGCUGCCGGUGUCGACUGCGCCUCCGUCAAACCCGGUUUCUACGCUAACGACGGUGUCGGCAAAUGCCAGGCUUUUGACCGUUGCGAUGUUAAUGGCAACCUUACCAGCUACCUGUGCCCCAACAUGACACUCUUCAACCAAAUUACCCUGAUCUGCGAUUGGUUCUUCAAUGUGGAUUGUACCAAAGUCCGUCAGUUCUAUGAUUAUUCCAACAGCCGCCUGUACCAGGAGAAUUCGCCCCUGCUGGAUGAUGAACCGGAAUAUGUCCAGGUUGCUACCGGUGCUGCAGCAUCUUCGUCGAGAUCCGCCUCUGGCUCCGUGACCGUCAAGAAGGCCGUCCCCAAGGGAAAACCGAAGCGGGAAGCUAAACACCAAAGGGAGAAGCGUGACAGUGGCAAACAAGACCACAAGGGCUUUUCUGGUUUCGAAUUCAUGGCUAGUGGACAGAAGUCACAGAACAAACUUGAUGCUGGACAAAAGCUUAUCGUAGCAGUAACGUUGCCAGUUGUUCUGAUCAAACUUUUGAUCUGAUAUGAAUUAUUUUUGAUGUGUUAAAAAUUGUGGACAAUCAUGUGGUUCGGCGCAACAUCCGUACGGCACCAGAUUUUGCACACUGGAGCAGCGCAAAUAUUGUUGUUCGACUCAUGAUUAGCCAUUGUCGAUGUGCGAAAGUAAUUAUAAAAUAAAAUAAUA